AUGGCCGACCCCUCGGGCAACAACAAUGCGCCUAAUAACUGGCAGCGGCAGCAGCCGCCGUUGCAGUUCCACAUCAGACAGGAUUCGCGACCCAAUGAGUCCAUCGACAUUGAGAGGCUACUCUCGUCAGCUUUCUAUCCCGGCGCGGACUCCAACUAUAAUCAGAAUGAUCCGUCGCCAUCCAAUAGCACAAGCACAUUCUUCAUUGAGGAGGAAGGCGUCGAUUUCUCGGAACAAAUCGGCGCUGGCGACGAAGAGUCCCCCGAUAGUAACACAGCCGCAAAGAAUAAGCAAAAGGCGCCCGCGCAAGGGAAAGGUUCAGGCUCCAAAAGAAAAACAGACGCUGGUAGCAGCGACGCGCCCGGCGAGCGCCGACGAAAGCAGAUCCGCGAAGCGCAGCGCGCCUACCGACAGCGAAAGAUAUCACAGACGGCCUACCUCGAAGAGCGCGUGAAGCAGCUCGAGGGCGCCAUUGAGAACAUGAGCACUGUCGUGCUCUCCUUUAGCGAGGAGCUCAUCGGCUCCAACAUUCUGGCUUGCCAGAGCGAACUGACAAGCCGUCUCCGCGACGCCCUGGCGACCUGCCUCACGCUGGUCCGCGAGACGGGCACCGGCUCGCUGGAGCAGACGGAGCCGGCCGGCGCCCGCGUGGCGCUGGUGCCGACGAUCUCCCCCACCUUGCCCAACAAGCCGAUCAGCAUCAAGAACAUCUUCGGCACCAAGCCGUACCCGGACAUGAAUUCGAACAUGACCGUCGCCGCCUUUAUGGACAUGCUGACCACGUCGGCCGUCUACUACGGCUACCUCGCACUCGCCGACCCCACGCUCUCGGCCACGCGCCUGCACCGCCACUUUGGCCUCCCGCUGCAGCUCAUGACGCGCGACAAGCUGCUGUCGUACUUUGCCGCCCUCUUCCAGGCCCGCCUGACCCGGUCCCGCCUGGGCGAGCACACGAGCAAACCCGGCAUGCCCUUCUUCAGCAUCGGCGGGGCCGGCACCCACUACUCGCCGGCCCUCGCCUCGGCUUCGUCGACGGGCGCCGCGGCGCCGCUCAGCCUGCCGUGGGCCAACACGGCGGACCAGUACGAGACGUGGUCGCCGCGCAAUAAUUCGUGGACCGUCGCGAUGGACCCGUCCAACGUACCGGCGAAUUUGCAGGAUCGCUUCGAGGGCGACUGGUUCGACAUGCAGGACCUGGAGCUCUACUUGCUGGAAAGAGGCGUCAGCCUGCGAAUGAAGGCUAAUAACGACACACCGACAAGCUACGUCACCAUGUCCCGAGUUCCACCUCCUGGAGGCCCUGGCCGAGGCCUCUUUGGCGGCGGCAGCCUGCCCGGGGGCAACCCUCGACCACCACCUCCUGGCCAAGCAUAUGGAGGCGGCCCCGGAUAUGGCGAUCCUCGUGCUGGCCAGAGACCACCACCCUCCCAGCCGCGAUACGGCGAGAAGCCUCCCGGAUCUCCUGGAGGCGGGCGCCAGGUGCCGCUCCAGGUCGAGAAGGUUGCAGACAAGACUCUGCAAGUGAAACUAAUUUACAGCAACAUAUGCGCCGUUUCGCCCGAAGACUUCCCCACGAGCCGCGACGGAUCCGACCUCUACAUUCUCAUCCGCGGCGGUGACCCAGUGGGUGAAUAUGUCGUGACUGCCAAGCCCAUUCCAGGCUUUCCCUCCGGCUGCGUCAGCUUAUCGGACCCCCAGCGUAGCUGGACGGGCAUCACGAUGCGCGACCAGUUCACCGGCGAGAUCUUCGAUCCGUUCCGGUCUGGUGGCAAGGCGUACCUGGGCUCUGUGGACCUUGAAAUCGGCUUCGCAUCGGUAGGCAAAAAGACCGAUGUGCCGUAUGAUGAGGACGAACUCGCCAAGAUAUUCAUGGACACAUAUGGAAACCAGGUGCUGGCGCCUGGCCAGCCCUUGAUCAUGGAUGUUCGCAACAUUCCUCUGCGCAUCACUGUCAAGACCGUUGGGCUGGUGGAUCUCGCAAUGAGUGGCGAGGAGGGCUCUCAGAAGCGGAGAGAGGCCCAUGCCCGUGGCAUUUUGACAAACCAAACACGAGUCCUCUUCCACCGCGAUGGCAAGGGCGAUUUCAACCUCAAGCCGUCCAUGAACAAGCCCAACUCCAACGCGAUUCUGGCUCCCGACUUCAAGUUUGAGGAUAUGGGUAUUGGUGGUCUUGGUGAUGAGUUUGCCACCAUCUUCCGUCGUGCGUUUGCGUCUCGUGUGUUCCCUCCUGGUUUGAUAGCCAAGAUGGGCAUUCCCCACGUCAAGGGUAUGCUGUUGUACGGACCGCCGGGAACCGGUAAAACUUUAAUCGCUCGACAGAUCGGUAACAUGUUGAAUGCGAGACCGCCCAAGGUCAUCAACGGCCCCGAGGUGCUCAACAAGUACGUUGGUCAAUCGGAAGAGAAUAUUCGAAAAUUAUUUGCCGACGCUGAGAAGGAGUACAAGGAAAAGGGCGAUGAAUCCAGCCUUCACAUCAUCAUUUUCGACGAACUGGAUGCUGUCUGCAAGCAGCGUGGUUCCGGCGCUGGCGGCGGUACUGGUGUGGGUGACAGUGUUGUCAACCAGCUGCUCUCGAAGCUUGACGGUGUUGACCAGCUGAACAACAUCCUACUGAUCGGAAUGACGAACCGAAAGGACAUGAUUGAUGAUGCACUGCUUCGUCCUGGCCGUCUGGAAGUGCAUCUCGAGAUUUCUCUGCCUGACGAGGAUGGUCGUCUGGAAAUUCUCAAGAUUCACACCUCCAAGAUGAAGACGAACGGUCUCCUGGACCCAGACGUGAACCUAGAGGAGCUUGCUGGUGUGACAAAGAACUUCUCGGGAGCCGAGUUGAACGGUCUAGUCAAGGCGGCCGCGUCUUUCGCCUUUUCUCGACACACGGAGGUUGGGCAGCUAGCGGCUGUGAAGCAAGAUGUGGCCAGCAUGAAGGUCAACAGGGCCGAUUUUAUGAAUGCCUUGACCGAAGUGCGUCCUGCUUACGGUGUUUCGGAGGCUGAGCUGGAAGAUGCUGUUCGUCUAGGUAUUCUGCCGUACGGUGGGCACAUCAACGCGACGAUCCAGGAAAUGAUGCGCGUGGUGGGCAUGAUUAAACAGGACCCGAACAAAUCUAACUCGUCGGUGCUGUUCCACGGCCCGCGCGGGUCUGGAAAGACGGCACUCGCAGCACACAUUGCGACGCAGUCGGACUUUCCGUUUAUCAAGAUGGUUACGCCAGCGGACCUGGUGGGCUACCGGGAUGACUUUGCCAAGAAGGACUACGUGCACAAGGCAUUUGCAGAUGCGUACAAGUCCCCAGCUAGUAUUCUCAUUCUAGACGACUUUGAACGUCUGAUUGGUUGGAACCCGAUUGGAUCGCGGUUCUCGAAUGUGAUGCUGGAGGCUCUGACGACGCUGAUUGUGUCGAAGCCACCGAGGGGACACCGUUUGCUGGUGUUUGUGACGACAUCCAAGGCGUCGGUGCUCAAGAUGCUAGAAGUAGACCAGGAUUUUGCAAAGAAGGUGGCGGUGCCGGCGGUGUCAAACCUUCGGGAGCUGGGCAACGUACUACACGAGUCCAAAUCGUUUAGCAGCGGCGAGAUCAGCCAGGUCAUUGGGAUGGUGCAGGAGCGGUCGAACGAGGAGAAUGUGGGCGUGGGUAUCAAGAAGAUUCUGGACUGCAUCUUUGAGGCCAAGGCAGGGGGGGCGAGCAGCAACGUGCUGGAGACGUUUGUGGACCUGCUUGUUGAGAAUAUGAAUGAUUUGAGAGGAUAA